AGCGCCUAUAUAUAGCUGUGCGAGAUUCACGCCAUGCUUGCCCUCUAUCAGGCAACUGAAUCAUGACUUCCAUCCAUCAUCCCCUCUCCUGUCAGAGGACUCUCUCUGGCCUCUGUGCGCCAGCAUCAGCGCUGCACUGACCGUCAACUGCAGUGCCAUCAGCCCACCGACCCGCUUCAAGGCCUGGCCUGCAAAGACGCGCUAGAAAAACGUUGACCUUCAACACGCGCAAGUCUGGCGGGUCAAGGAAAGCGAAUCGCCAAUGGAAGAAGCCUUCAUAGCUCCGUCUGUAUGCUACCAAGCCUCCUGAAAGCCCUUGUCUAGCGUCUGUGCUCCAGUGCUGGAGAUGAGCAGCAUUCAAACACAAGCCAAGACUCAUAAGCCUGCCCGUGGAGGCGGCGAGUAAGUGUUGUGCACGCCCGGUAUAGUUUUAUCGACUUGAAGUGGGGUUCGUGCUGCGAAGAUGCUGUUCGGCACGAAAUCGGUAUUCUUGACACUGCUCUUGGUGCUAUCACCGUCGAGCAUACAUCCCACUUUCGCGUUGUGGGGCCAGACUGCAGCAUCAUCGGCGACUCAAGCUACCCACGACGUUCAACAAGGUGACACUCCGCUUCGGAGCGGAGGAAUGUUGCAUUCCCAAGCUUCUACAGACGACAAUCACAUCAAUCAAAAUGCAGCAUUUCCAAAUGCCGCGCAACUCGACCUGCCAGCCUCAAUGUACUCUGCCGUCUUCUCUCGUGCGCACGUAGCCCUCCAAGAGUACGAAAAAAAUCCGGACUGCCUCUUGGAUGCAGCGUCGCCAUCGCACUGCAAUGACAUCAAAGACAGACAAGGCGCACGAACGCGAGCUGCCAUCGCCAUGACUCUAUGUGAAAUCUCUACCGCAAGAUUGUCCGUCCCUUUGGAGUGCACACGGCUUGCCGAGCACUCUGAGCCGUCAGCUUGUGUAGAAGCCUUGUCAAGAAGCCCCCAGCUAUGGGCCAGCUACAGUGGUCACUUGCGCGACAUCGUCACGUUGUGUCUUGCAUUUGGCCAGUUGCGUGAAGUUGACGAAGCGCGACAGCUGUACGCAAGCCUGGCCCGUGAGAAGAAGGCGCUACUGGAACUGUUGAAGGCCCGCGAAGCAAGCACGAAGCAAUUCGAGCAGCAAGCGCGUGCUCGCAUGAACGAAGAAGCGCAAGCCCGUGAUAAAGCUGCCACGGACGCUCUCCAUGAGGCUGCUUUGAAACAUCAUUCCCUCGUCGAGGCCCAGCUCAAUUCUGUAUCAGCAGAGCUGCUAAACUUGAUGCAUGGAGCGGUCGACUUCCACGUAGCAGAGCUGACAACCAAAGCGAAAGCGCAUGUGGCAUCGAUACUUCGUUCAACAGAGCAGCUAAAGGGUUCACUUUCCGCAAGCAUCGAGAUGAAUCAGAAGUCCUAUGAAUACGGCCUCAAAGCAAUGGGACGCCUCCGCGUUGCUUCAAGCGACGCGGGCCACGCCAUCGAAUCGCUGCGCUCAAGCAUCGAGGCUGCUGCGGAGAGCCAUCAACACAGGAAAGCUCUCUCUGCAGUGGCGGAGACGGAACACGAGGCUCACGUCAAGCGACUCGGCGAGGGCCUCGCGAGGCUCAGCGAGAACUUGCUGGCGCAGCUAGCCAUCGUGAACGCGACCGCUCGCGCUACCGAAGGGUAUUCCUGGCAAUCCUUGGCUUUGCGACUGAUCGGACUGCCAGACAUUGGCGCCCCAAGCUUCUGGAACCGCCGAGGCGGUCUCGAGCAGCUCGUUGACACUCUGUCUCCAGCCUCCUUCGUGGAAUCAUUCAUGCCUUCGGGCAUCGCUACCACCAUCGCCUUUUCAGCGCGCGGCUUGGCUUUUAUUACGCUGCUCCUGUUCCAAGCAGCGUACUACUGUGCUCGUCAUUUGGUGGGACUAGCUUUGUGUCUGAUCGCUCUCUCAUCAAAGGCAGCGCGACCACUGCUGGCUCGUAUUGGGUCGCGUAUGGUGCGACAUGCACAGGACAUCGAGCAAGCUUCUACCUCGAAUCCAUCGCGACGCAAGACGUCAAGAAUCACGGAAAUACGUCCAACUCGUGUCGCUAAUUGUCAACGAGAACAAAGGAUCCUACAGUUCCUCUUGAAUUCACCAAUUCACCUCACAGCCCCUGACGUCCCAGGAGGGCCGAAGCCACCUCACCCGCUGGCACACAGCCAAUCGCCAAGCAGCUCCUCCGCUGCACCUCUCUUUUCUCGCAACCUACCCGUGCCACCACCAUCUCCCUCGUCACGCGCCAGCUCGGUUACAGCCACGGAAGACUAGACAUCACUCAGCCUUAAUGUAGUCCAGAGUCACUCAUCAGCCGUCAGAUCGCCCCUACGUCGCCCGCGCAUUCAGCAUCGCCUCUCUUCAAGCAGUCUCAUCAAAAGCGACAACACCCGCCUUCUUGGGUCAUCAUGUAACCUAGAGCAUCCUUUCACAAUUGUAUUCGGUAACCCCCGCAAUCUCGUUUGCCUUCCGACAUGCAACUUCCCACGUCAUCUGGCCU